GUUGCCUCUCGGUGGUCAUACUGCAGAUAUGCCGCCCACGCCUCACUUAUUCCUCCCUUAUCACCUUAUCGAACAACUCAUAUCAUUCUUUCCUGUGAAAUCUCUUAUGCGAUUCAAGUGCGUUUCCAAGUCAGGGAACAUACUCGUAUCCGAUCCCACAUUUGUACAACUGCACCUUCAAAGGUCCCAAAGAAAUAAGAACCUACUACUUACAUACGGUAAUCAUGGGGAUUUCGGUUUGGUAUCGUUACCUAUAAGUUGUUUACUGGAUAACACAUCCAUCACCCUUUCCUCUCACCAAUUGAAACACAACGAGCGUCCCGGAGUCAUUGGUUCAUGCAACGGAUUGAUCUGUUUGUUUUAUUAUACCACAUCCAUUUCCUGGUUCCGUGUCUGGAACCCAGCCACUGGGACAAUGUCGGAUAGAUUAGGAUAUUUUCACAAACCUCGAUCCAAAUUUAUGCCUGGACCGCUUGGAUACACAUUUUUUUAUGAUAUUUCAACAGACAAUUAUAAGAUUGUGGCGUUUGGUUAUAGAUUUAUAAGGGUUUUUUGUUUUAAUCAUAAUGUUUGGAGAGAAAUUCAAAGUUUACCGGACAAAAUAGUUAUUGUUGAUCAUCUUCGAUACAAUAAAAGUGUGUGUUUGGAUGGCACUUUGAUUUGGUUGGCCUUUCUAAAUGAAUUCCCAUAUAACGAUUGGCGGGAUACUUUUUCUAUUGUGAGAUAUUUAAUUAUCUCGCUGGAUCUUGCUACGGAAACACGCAGAGAGUUGUUGCCUCCUCCGGUUUAUGAUGAAGUCUCUGAUGUUGUUGAUCCAAGUAUUUCAAUGUUGAGGAAUUGCCUUUGUUUUUUUUAUAAGUUUAAACGUACCCAUUUUGUUUUAUGGCAGAUGACUCAAUUUGGAGUUGAAGAAUCUUGGACUCAACUCUUUAAAAUAAGUUAUGAGAAUCUUCAAGUAGAGCAUUUCUUAUGUGACUUUUAUAGGCGAUUGUCACUGUAUCCUUUGUAUAUUUCUGAAAAUGGUGCAACACUGAUAUUGGCAAAUGAUCGUGAAGACCAAGCACUUAUCUAUAAUUCAAGAGAUAAUAGAGUUGAGCGAAGAAGAAUUACCAAUGAAAUAGAUUGGCGUCUUUCUGAAAGUUAUGUUGAAAGUUUGGUUCCAACCAACUGAAAACGAUGGUUUUUCCAAAAGCAAAUUCAAUCUCACUUAAUAGACAAAGGAUUAAAGCGGGAAACAAUCAUUUGAGCAAACUGUUGAAUAGAUCAUAUGUGUAUCUUGCUGGAGUUGUGAUAGUUGUGGCAUUCUGUAAUGUAUCAAGAAGUUGAUUCCAAGUGGCAGAGUGCUAGUUGCACUUGGAUAUUUGAUGUUGUUCCUUCCUAUUUGAUUUUGGACCGUUUCUUCUCUCUCAAGGAGGGAGUAAUGGUGUGCCUUUUUUAGUUUUGUUGUUUAUGGUCAGUUCUUUAGUUGGAUGAAAGAGUGUUAUGCAUUUGUUCCUUGUACUGCUUUCUCUACUAGAUGAGCAAAGUUAAUAUAGUAGUCCUUCAGUAGAGCUAGUUCUGAUUUGUUUC